CUCUCUCUCUCUCUCUAUUUCUCGCGUUUUUUUACACUCAUUGGCUCAAUCUUGUGUCUAAAUCGUGAUGGAGAACACUGUGAACAUGUUUGGAAAGAAUAUGUCCCCGAGAUCACCCACUAGGCUGCAAAGGCAAGCACCCACGGCUCUGCAUCUUGACAGUGUUCCCGACAACCCCUUCUUGCAGCAGUCUUGUGAAUCUGUUCCUGGCUCAGCUAUUCCUCUGCUUUCACCUCUCUUUGUUUCUCCCAAUUCGCACUCUUGUCUCUCUACGGAAGGGAACGUAAAUUCAUACCGGCAUGCUUCUCCCUCCAGAAAAGGGCACGAUUUUACGUUUCCUUCGAGUACUACUGAGAAGAAAGGAUCUCAGCUGUCAUUGGACCACGAGGAAGGAUUGCAAUAUCCGGCUACGGUCGACCAUAGUGACCAGAUGGGUCUCUUGAAUAUUUUUCAGACUAAAUGCGUGCUUGUAGAUCACUCGCAGUGAGGGUUUCAGCAUUUAGGAUGGUCUCUUGAUGUUACAGAAUACAAGUGUUUCUCAAUAGUUUCCUUUUUAACCUAUUUAUCAAGAUGCUGUAAUAAGAUAUAUAUAUAUAUAUAUAUAUAUAGCUAGAUAUCUUGUAAGAAAAGAUCCAGCUUUUGGGAAGUUAA